AUGAAGUUCUGGCUCUAUGCGCUGGCGUCGACGGCAGUGAUGGUCGGUCUCCUUGCUUUGAGACUGAUCCAAUACCCGAAUGUAUUCACUGCUUUCAGUUCAAUGUCAGUCAACCUUGCUAGUCUUAUCAUACUAGUCAACUUCGUGACUGUGCUGGGGCUGGUUGUGAGCAGAGUACUGGUUUGGAUCUGCCUGGGUAAAUUGAGCGUGAAUGAACAGGAAUCGCUGAUCAAGCCGACUGUUAUGGUUCUGUCGGAGAUUUUCUUUUCAAAUCAGGAUGCGCUGAGAACUGGCCACUUCCAUUCUUUGAUUGCAUGCGCAUAUCCCUUGGCAUUCAUGUCCGCGCUCCAUGGGCUUGCGUUCUCCAGAGUGAAAGUCAUGUUCCAAGGCAUGCACCCGCCCUCCGUAUUCUUGCAGGCCCGCUUCCUGGCCUUUGUUUUCACUCUCGGGUUCGGAAACUACCUGCUGCUCAGCUACACAUAUUCCGAGUUUCUACUCGGCCACCACACAAUGCUAAUGUUCAGCGCACGAAUGUUAACCCAAUUGGAAUUAUUUUUCAAGAUCGUCACCCGAUUCUCGAUAGAAAAGUACGAGGGCUACUUUUUAGAGAGCAAUGACGAGGAGCAGUGGGAGGCCAAGUACGUGUACGUGUUUAUGAGCAACUUUAUCGGCAAGCUGAUCUUUAUUACUGGCUUGUCGGCACUGCUACUGAUGACGCCACUGCUGGAUUCCAUCCUGUUGAUGUUUUAUUUGGCAUUCAAUCUAUUCCUCACCUCUCAGUUGGUGCUUAAAUUCCUGGCUGCCCGAAGAACCCAAAACGAACUCGACCAAUAUGUUACAGAUGCGACCCGAGCUGAUCUUGCUCGUGAUAGUACAUGUGUAGUGUGCCGAGAUGAGAUGGAGCUCAAUCCGAGCAAACUUCGUUUGUGUGCCAAGCGGCUCAACUGUGGGCAUGCGAUCCAUAGAGGUUGUCUCAAAUUGUGGAUGAGACAGUCUCAGGACUGCCCCACUUGCCGUCGUCCAGUUAAAGAAAAGCCUGCGAAUGACAUUUUUUCUGCAUCUUACAUAGACCGCUUCAGGCAAGACGGACAAGCCAAUGCAGAAGCCGGUACCCCUGCAGGCGCCCAACCCCCGCAGGCCAAUGCUCGAGAAGAUAACUCGAACGCAGCAGAAAAUGGGCCUCAGAUAAUUGAUGUUCGGCAGCCCUUACCUCCCCAGCGGCCUUAUUUCACUGCUCCAAAUGAUCCCGAGCCUGCAGGCCAAACUGCACUGGGCGGUCCCGCGGCGACCCCCACCAGAGUUGAGCCCGAUUCUGAGAAUUGGGCCACUUUCGAAAUCCGCAGAGACAACCAGCAUCCCACCCGAGUCAAGAUCGGCAACGAAUGGUACGAUAUCGCUGGUUGUGAUUGA